AUGAGCAAACAGACCAUCAUCCACAAAAGAGAAAAAUGUUUAUUAAAUCAAGCAGCAGAUCUCAUAAAGAAGAAUUUUAUUGAUGGAUGGGAACGGGAAGGUGCGGCAAUAUCGAUAUAUCGGAAUGGUGAAUUAGUGGUCGAUUUGCAGGGAGGAUAUGCAGAUGCAAGCUCACUUCGUCCUUGGACAUCCGACACAAGAACUGUCGUAUUUUCUGCUACAAAAGCAGUAAGUGCACUAUGUGUAGCUGUGUUGGUUGAUCGAGGACAACUACAGUAUUCGGAUCGCAUUUGUCAGUUUUGGCCAGAAUUUGGUCAGAAUGGUAAAGAAAAUAUCACUGUUGGUUGGAUCAUGAAUCACCGCGCGGGCUUGGCAGCUUUUGGUGAACCAGUCACUAAGGAAGAUGCAUUUGAUCAUGGGAAAAUAGCCGAAAUUAUUGCAAGACAGAGACCGAAUUGGACACCAGGUACCAAAGCAGGAUAUCAUGCAGUAACAUAUGGAUGGCUUGUUGAUCAAAUUAUUAGGCAUAUUGAUUCGGAGCAUCGUGGCAUCGCAACCUUUUUUAGACAAGAAAUUGCUGAAAAAUUUGACAUCGACUUUCAUUUCGGCUUACCUUUGGAAGAAGAACAUACCGUAUCUCGAUUAACAGCACCUCCAUUUUCCUACAAACUGAAGGAGAUUUUAUACGAUCCAAGGAUUAUUUACCUGCUGGGCAUAUUAAAUUUGAGAGCACCCAAUUCAAUAGCACGAAAAAUUCGGGAAACAACUACUUGGAUGAAACUGGAUACGAAUGUGAAUACAUUCAACGAUCCGGAUCUUCAUCGUAUGGAACAAGCAGCAGCCUUGGGUAUAACGAAAGCCAAAGAUCUAGCUAAAUUAUUCUCACUUUUCUUACAAGGAAAAAUCGUAUCUAGCAAUUUGUUGGAUCUCUUCAAAACUCCAGAAAUAUCAGGUGGUUUGGAUGAAGUUGUCCUCGCUCCGCUACCAAAAGGAUAUGGUUUCAUGUACGAGCGUCAUCCAUUUAAGCCUGGUCAUUGGUUAGUUGGACAUGCAGGUCUUGGUGGUAGCACGAUAAUGAUGGAUAUGGAGAAGAAACUGGUGCUCGCAUAUGUGACCAAUGGCUUGAAAGUAGGUACCGGUGAGCUCACAAGGACUUAUCGGUUGCUGAGAAAUGCCGCUUUGCGGGCAGUGAAGUGA